AUGGAAGCGAUCCAGCAACGCGUCGAUGCCGCCCAUCGGCGGCUGGUCCUUCGGCAGUGGGCCGGCCGGCUGGCGACCUGGCUGGCGAUCUCGCUGGCCGUGGCGGUCAUCGCGAUCGCGCUGCCGAAGCUCUUCGCCUUGCCCGCCCUGCCUGCUUCGUGGGCGACGGCGUGGCUCGCCGGCGCCGUGGCGAUCGGGCUGAUCGGGCCGACGCUCUGGACUCUCUGGCGCCAGAAGAGCCGCCUCGACGCGGCGGUGGAGAUCGACCAGCGGUUCGACCUCCGCGAGCGAAUCGCCAGCGCGCUCAGCCUCAGCGAAGAGGACCUCGCGACCGAGGCGGGCCUGGCUUUGGCCAAGGACGCCGAGCGGGCGAUCGCGCGAGUCGAGGUCGCCGAGCGGUUCACGCUCGGGCUCGACCGGCGGGCUUGGCUGCCCGUGGCGCCGGCGCUCGUGGCGGUGUUGCUCGCGACCACCGUCGCCAACCGCACCGCCGACGCGAGCGUCGCCAAGGCCGAGGCCGAGAAGGCGGCCGCCGAAGAAGUGAAGAAAGCGGCCGAGAAGGCACGCCGCGAACUCCGCAAGAAGCGUGAGGAAGCCGACAAGAAAGGACUCGCCGACGCGUCGGCGCUGCUCAAGAAGAUCGAGGAAGGCACGGCCGACCUCGCGACGAAGCAGCCGAAGGAAACGAGCAAGGCGGCCGUCAAGCUCAACGACUUGGCGAAGGAACUCGCCGAGCGGCGCAAGAAGCUCGGCGGCGGCGAGGCGCUCCGCAAUCAACUCAACCGCAUGAAAGACCUCGGCCGGGGCCCGGCGGAGAAGGCGGCCGACGCGAUGAAGCGUGGCGACUGGAAGAAAGCGCUCGAAGAAAUCAAAGACCUCCGCAAACAGCUCGCCGGCGGCAAGCUCUCCGACGAACAGAAGCAGCAACUCGCCGGGCAGCUCGAGAAGAUGCAGCAGCGGCUCGGCGAAGCGGCCCAGCGCCAACAGCAACAGAAGCAAGAGCUCGAGCGUCAACUCGCCGAGGCGCAACGCAAGGGCGACCUGAACCAGGCCGGCAAGCUGCAGCAGAAGCUCCAGCAGAUGCAGCAGAAGCAGCAGGGGCAGAAGGCGUUGGAGCAGAUGGCCCAGCAGAUGCAACAAGCCCGGCAGGCGCUGCAGCAGGGCGACCCGCAGCAGGCGGCUCAGGCGAUGGAGCAGAUGGCCCAGCAGAUGCAGCAGAUGCAGCAAGAAGCCGCCGAGAUGGAGAUGCUCGACGGCGCGAUGACCGACAUCCUCGCCGCCAAGUCCGAGAUGGGCAUGGAAGGCGAGCAGAUGCUCCCCGGCGGACAAGGGAUGGGCCCGGGACGCCAAGGCAAAGGAGGCGAAGGGGAAGGCGACGGUUGGGGCGAGGGCCAGGGCUCCGGGGCCCGGCCGGGCGAAGAGAACGCCGUCAACUUCCGUGACAGCCAGGUCAAACAGAACGUCGGCCGCGGCGCCAGCACCUUCGGCGGGCUCGUCGACGGGCCGAGCAUCAAGGGCGAGGUCGUCGAGUCGAUCAAGACCCGCCUGACGACCGACGCGGUCGAGCCGGCCGACCCGCUCACCAGCGAGCGGCUGCCCAAGUCGCGGCGGGAGCACGCGGAAGAAUACUUCCGAAAGCCCCUCUCUUUGGCGUUGGCCCUCUCACUCUUGGGCCCUUUCGCCUGGGGUGAUGACGCCCACGGUGAUUACGCCGAGCAAGCCGCGGCGGCGAAGCAAGCCUUCACUCCGAUCGACCAGAGCGACCUGGCGGCCGCGCGCCAGCAGCUUGCCGAAGCGGUGAUCGGCGUCGAGCGGCUCGUCGGCGCGACGACGGCCGGCGGCGCCGCGUGGCUCGACUACCUGCGCUGGGACGGGCUGCAACCACAGGUGCUGCCCGACGCGGAAGUCGACCCGGCCGCCGCGCAGGCGACGCUGUUCCGCCUCCGCUCGGGCGCCGACGGCGUCGACCGACCGCCGAUGCAGCGACUCGGCGACGCGAUCGAGCGUUACGUGAGCGUCGCCCGCUUCACGAACUUCGAUGCCGACCGGCAACGCCGCGCCUUCGACGGCGCGGUCGACCGCCUCGGCGAGUGGCUGCCCGACACCGAGCGGUUGCUCUCCGCCGAGGGGAGCCAGAAGGUCGAACAGGUGCUCGCGCUGCUCACGGCGGUUGGCCAGUCGCCACGCAACGAACCCUGCGCGUUGACGCUCGCCGGAGAGGUCGGUCAGCCGAACGCUUACGUCGACGUCUCGACCGAGCUGCUGCGAGACGCCGUCGCACGGCCGGUGAACGACUGCCGCCCGGUGAGCGAGUGCAUCCUCGGCACGAGCAUCCGUGGCACGGGGGCGACGUCGGGCCACCUGGUGGUGACCCCGCUCGCUUCGUCGGGCUCGGCGCGGUUCUUGUUCACGCUGACCGGCUUGACUCGCUCGAACACGGUCGGCGUCAACGGGCCGGUGACGAUCCGCAGCGUCGGCACGACGCCGUUCACCGCUUCGAAGGUGGUCUCGCUGAGCGAGCACGCCUUCAGCACGUCGCCGGCGACGGCGUCGGCGCAGACACGGUCGCGCACGACGGGCGUCUCGAAGACCGGAGGCGGGCUCGGCAGCCGACUCAUCGAGAACAUCGCCCGCAAGCGAAUCGCUCAGAAGCGUGGCCAAGCCGACGCGAUCGCCUCGCGCAAGGCGGAGUCGAAGAUCGCCGCGCGGCUCGACGAGCAGCUCAACCAGCAAAUCGCCGAGGCCCGUGGUCGCUACGACGAGCGCGUCGUCGCGGCGCUCAAGCGGCGCCGUGCGACGCCGCGCGACGGGGCCGUCUCCACUGACGCGGACGGACUGCGGCUCGAGGCGGUCGUCGCCAAAGAGGACCAACUCGCGGCGUGGGACACGCCCUCCGUGGCGGUCGACGCGCCGCUGUCGGUGCGGGUGCACCAGACCGGCGCGAUGAACCUGCUCGACAACAUCCUCGGCGGCGUGACCUUCUGGCGCGACGCCGCGGACGAGCCGGCGCAGGCCGACAUCGUGACGCCCGAGUGGCUCGACCUCGACUUCCCCGCGUUCGGUGGCGACGAGUUCAAGCCUUGGCGCCUGCGGCUGCGGGAGACGCGGCCUGUCUCCAUCGAGAUGGGUGACGGCGAGGUGAACGUCAUCGUCCACCUGGCGGAGUUCGCCCCGGGCGACCGGCGGCACGAGAACUGGGACAUCCGCUCCACGUACCGGCCCGAGCGUAUCGACGGCCGCUGGGCGAUGGUUCGGCAGGGCGACUUCCUCGUCGUCGCCGCCGAGGACCCCGCUAGCAACCGCGAGCGGGCUCAGCGGUACGUCCUGGCGGGCAAGCUGAGCGACCCGGAGAGCGGCGUCGAGCGGGUGAUCGACAUCGACGCGAUCGACCUCUCCGACCGCGACGGGCCGUUCGAUCGUCUUUCGCUCGUCGACCUGCAGCUCGGCGCCGGCUGGGCCGCCGCCGGCUGGCAGGCGGCCGCGCUGCAUGCGUUGGCGGCUAGGGAGAGCCGGGACUUUCAGGGGGAGGGCAAUCGACCCGUUCGCCGCGAACGGGUCGCCAACGCGUCCGCGACGCUGACGACGAACGAGUCCCCGUGGGUCGGGGGCCGCGUCGGCUUCGGGGACCCAAGACCGCCUGGAAAGCCCGCUAUGCAUCGGCAAACGCGCGAAUUCUUCUGCGUCCUGCUCGCCGCCGCGAUCUUCGCGACCGGUUGCGCGCCCACGCAGCCGUUCUUCUUCAUGGAAGACGGCGACCUGAGCCACUACGUCGACGUGGCGACGCAGAUCGACUACCCGGACGUCGCCGAGCCGGUGCUCGACGAGGUCGCGCACGCCCAGGCGCCGCUGACGCUCCGCAACGCGGACGACUACGAGAUCUGGGACCUCACGCUCGAAGAGGCGACCCGCAUCACGCUGACCAACAGCCAGGUGAUGCGCCAACUGGGCGGCGUCGUCCAGGAGAACGCCCCCGAAACGAUCUCGCGGAACCUGAUCAACUCGGCGGCCGUCACGACGACGUACGACCCCGCCCUGACCGAGUCGGCGACCGGCACGGCGUUCGGUUCGCAGUUCAACGGCACGGGCACCGAGGCUGCGCUCUCGGCGUUUGACGCGCAGCUCGACUCGAGCGUCACUUGGGGCAAGAACUCACGCCAGCAGAACACGUCGCCGAUCAGCCCGACGCCGCUCUUCUCGCAGCACACCGGGAACUUCGGCCUCGGCGUCACGAAAACAGCCGCGACGGGCACGCAGUUCGCCUUCCGCAACAACACGAUCUACGACCAGAACUCGAACAACAUCGCCUUCGGCGCGACCGCCGUCAGCGAGUGGAACACGAACUUCGAGGCGUUCUUCAGCCAGCCAUUGCUGCAAGGCGCCGGCACGCAAUACAACCGCAUCGCCGGGCCGUUCACGUUCGACCAGUUUGCAACCAAUGGCGUGAACCCGUUCGACGGCGUGGUCCUCGCCCGGAUUCGGACGGACCUCACCCUGGCCGACUUCGAGGGGGGCGUCCGCAACCUGAUGCGUGACGUCGAGCAAGCCUACUGGCAGCUCUACUUCACCUACCGCGACCUGGAAGCCCGCAAGAUCGGCCGCGACAGCGCGUUGCAGACCUGGAAGCAGGUCGCCGCGCUCGCCCGCCAGGGCGCCCGUGGCGGUUCGGCCGACCGCGAGGCUCAGUCGCGUGCUCAGUACUUCCAGUUCAAGGCGCAAGUCGAAGAAGGCUUGUCGGCGCUCUACGCCGCCGAGAACCGGCUGCGAUACAUCAUGGGUCUGUCGGUUUCGGACGGUCGCCUGAUCCGGCCCGCCGACGAGCCGACCACCGCGAUGGUGGCGUUCGACUGGAACGCGAUUCACACCGAGUCGAUCUCGCGACGGGUGGAGGUCCGCCGGCAGAAAUGGACCGUCAAACAGCGUGAGCUGGAGCUGGUCGCCGCCCGCAACCACCUGCUGCCCCGCCUCGACGCUUUCGGCACGUACCGUUGGAACGGGGCCGGGGCCUUCGAGUCGUUGACCACGGGCGAUUUCCAAGAGUGGGAACUCGGCCUGCGGUUCAGCCUGCCGAUCGGCUUCCGUCAGCAGCUCUCGACCGUCCGGCACCACCAGCUCUUGCUCGCCCGGGACCGGGCGCUGCUUCAAGACCUGGAGUUAGAAGUUUCGCACCAAUUGGGCGACGCCCUCCGCGAUUUGGACUUGAACUACGGGCUCACCGAAACAAACUUCAACCGUCGGGCCGCGGCCCAACGUGAGGUCGAGGCGGUCGAGGUUUCGUACGAAGCCGACCGCGUCACCUUCGACCUGCUGCUCGACGCCCAGCGUCGUCGCUCCGAGGCGGAGACGGCGUACUACCGCAGCCUCGUCGACUACAACCUCGCCAUCCUCGACGUUCACUUCCGAAAGGGUUCCCUGCUCGACUACAACGGCGUCUUCCUCGCCGAGGGCCCGUGGCCCGGCAAGGCGUACUUCGACGCGAUGCGUCGCGCCCGCAAGCGGGACGCCAGCGUCCAGCUCGACUACGGCUUCACGCGGCCGAACGUCUUCAGCCGCGGUCCGCACGCCCAACAGAUCGACUCACACGUCGUCCCGCACGGCCAGGGCGUGCCGACGCCGGCCGCGAUGCCGACCGAGGUCGAGUUGAUCGAACCGGUGCCCGCCGAGGCGGACCUCGGGGCGAAUGGGCAGCAGGGCCUGUUCGGCGCGCCGGGCGACACGAGCGGUCAACUCGCCGGCAUGCCGACCGGCUACGAAGCCAACCAGCAGGCCACGUCCGUCACCGAGCCCCAACGAUCGACGGUGACCCAGGUGUCGGCCGCGAUCGAUCCGAACGGCUCGCACGUGACAAACGCCUUGGCCGUCGAGCCCGUCGAAACGACCAACUAUGAACGUGAGAACGCCGAGGGACUGGCCGAGGCGUGCGGCGUCAGCCGCCGCACGGUGUUCCGCGACAUCGAGUCGCUGAGAGAAGCGGGCGUUCCGGUCGAGUUCGACGCCGCCAAGCAGCAGUACCGGAUCGACGCGGCGCACUUCUUGCCGCCCACGAACCUGACGCUCGACGAGGCGCUCGCCGUGGUGCUGCUCGCCGAGCGAGCCGCCGAGAUCGAACAAGCGUCGGUCGUAGCAGCCGCAACCGGCGCGGCGGCGAAGCUGACGGCGGGCCUGCCCGGGUCGGUGCAAGACCGGCUGCGAGAAGCGGCCGAGGCGGUCGUCAUCCGCCCCAGCCCGGCCAAUCCGCUCGACUCCAAGGGCGACGUCUACCGGACGCUGCUCGACGGGACGAUCGAGCAGCGGGUCGUCGGCGUCCACUACGACUGCCUGACCGAGUUCCAACAGUUCGAAACCAACCUCCACCCGUACCAGCUCCUCUUCCAAGAGCGAAGCUGGUACGUCGUCGGCCACUCGGUCCGCCACGGCGAGGUCCGCACGUUCAACGUCGGCCGCGUCGACGAAGCCGAACUCCGUGACGAGACGUUCGACCGGCCGGAGGACUUCAGCCUGAAGGACCACUUCGGCAACGCGUGGCGGCUGAUCCCCGACGAGGGGCCCGACCAGGUGGUUCACCUCCGGUUCUCACGCCUGGUGGCCCGCAACGUGUCGGAGGUGCUCUGGCACCCGACGCAGCGGUGCGAGAUCGCCGAGGACGGCACGCUCGACUUCUACGCGACGGUCUCGGGCCUGACCGAGAUCAUGUGGUGGAUCCUCGGCUACGGCGACCAGGUCGAAGUCGUGAAGCCAACGCGGCUGCGCCAGAUGGUCGGACGCCGGCUCGCGGCCGCGGCCCGGCGUUACGAGUUGCGGCUCUUCGUCGAGUGGCUUGAGGGUCAAGGACGUCGCGUCGUCACUUGCCGCGACCCCGGCAGCACGCCGCUCGGUGAGACGGUCCGCGAGGUGCUGCUGCACAGCGGCGACGAACGGCGGAUCGAUCCCCGCGCCGAGAUGCUGCUCUACAUGGCGGCGCGGGCACAACUCGUUGACGAGGUGAUCCGUCCCGCGAUGGCGGACGGGGCGGUCGUCGUCUCCGACCGGUACCUGCUCGCGAAUUUGGCCUACCAGGCGCACGCCGGCGGCCUCGACCGCGACGUCGUCGCGCAGGUCGGCGAAGCCGCGAUCGCCGGCGUCCGGCCCGAUCGGGUCUUCCUGCUGGACCUCGACCCGGAUAUCGCCGACGAACGAGUCGGCGCCUCACCCGAUCGCAUGGAAAGCCGCGGCGCCGAAUAUCGCCGGCGAGUCCGCGACGGCUUUCUCGCCGAAGCGAAUCGAGCGCCCGAUCAGGUCGCCGUGAUCGACGCUUCGGGCACGGUCGAGGCGCGCUUAGGCGUCUUCAACGGCGGGCCGCUUUGUAUUGGCGCCGCGCCGGUUCGCCAACGCGUCCGCGACGAGCACGAACACAAAGCUGAACACGGCGACGCCGAGACAGGCGAACGCCUGCGUGUCGAGCGCCGGCGGCCAUAUCGGUUCGAAGACCUUCGACUUGAACUCGACGACGUCGGGCGUCGUGUCCGCCUGGUACGGCCACACGCGGUAGAGCGAACCGAUCAUGAACCCGGCGAGCACGGCCAUCGUCUCCGCCCAGUGUCGGCGGAGCAGCCACCGCAACAAUCGGCUGUCGCUCCCGGUGAAGUUCGGCAACCGGUGGACGAUCGCCGAGAUCUCCUCGUACUUGCCGAGGAUGAGCAGCAAGUAGGCGCCGCUGAUCCCGGGCAGGAUCAUCGCGCAGAUCGCGACCGCCCCGCAGAAGAACGUGUACGCCAGAUUGUCGGCGGGCGUCAGCCGGCCUUGGCUCAUCAACCAGACGGCCACGGCGGCGGCGAUGAUGCCAAACGCCGUGCAACGAGCCGCUUGGACGGGGCUGGCGGGCCGGGCCAUCCGCGCGACCAGGAUGCCCGAGGCCAGGAUCAGCCCGAAGAACGCGGCGUAGGCCCCGGCCAAGUCGCCGCUUCCGACCAGCCGCAGGGCGCGCGAGCCGAUCUUCGACAGGGCGGCCAACAAUCGUUCGUAGACGCCGAGGAUCAGCGCCACGGUGCCGCCCGAAACGCCCGGCACGAUGUCCGCGGCCCCCAUGGCCAGGCCGGUCAGGGCGACGCGCCAUCCCGCGCGAGGCUGACCUUCGGCGUCAGCAUCCCCUCUGGCGGGGGUAGAGGGAGCGGAGUCUCGGUCGUGGUUUUCAGUCGGCAUGGAGUUGCGCAUCGGGCCCGAUUCGGCCUCCAUUCUGCGCGUCGGUCUAAGGCGUGGGCACCGCCACGGAGCCCGGAUCAGGAGGUUAGCAGCCGGCGACGAGCACGGAAAACGGCCGCUCGCCGCCCGGAUGGCUUCUCGGCCGCCUCAUCAACGCCGGACCUUGCCGAAAGCAUGAUCGCGUCCCGUUCGGUCUCCCGAUGCACGUUGCACGCACCGGCGAAGCUGAACCUGCGUCUGGACCUUCUGGGGCGGCGCAGCGACGGUUUUCACGAGCUCAAGACCGUCAUGGCGACGGUGGGCCUCUACGACUCGCUACGGGUCGAAUCGACGCCGGAUUCUCCCGAUAUCGGGCUGCGAGUCGUGGGCCAUCACGGGCGGCCUGACGACAGCCCGGCUGUCGAGCAGAUUCCCGCCGAUGAAUCGAACUUAGUCUGCCGCGCCUUGCGUGAACUGCAGGCCGAAUCCGGCCGUCCGAUCGGCGCCCAAGCGACCCUCUGCAAGCGGAUCCCCAGCCAGGCGGGCCUCGGGGGCGGGUCGAGCGACGCCGCCGCCGCGCUCGUGGCGGGCAACCGCGUCUGGGGGCUCGGCUGGUCGAUCGACCGACUCGCGGAGAUCGGCGCCCGACUCGGCAGCGACAUCCCGUUCUUCGUCCACGCGAUCGGAAACCCGAAGUCGAGAGCGGCGCUCGCCGCCGGACGCGGUGAGAAGGUGACGCCCUUCGCGUGCCGCGGCGGGCUGGGCGCCGUGAUCGUCAAACCGCCCGCGGGGCUUUCGACGCCGGCGGUCUACGCGGAGUGCGACCCCGUCGAUUACACCGAACCGUCGGACGCGGGGGCGUGCGAAGACCUUGCCGGCUGGCUAAGGCGGGGGCGCCUCGAUCGGAUCGCCCGUCUUGUACGCAACGGCCUUCAACCGGCCGCAGGGCGACUCGCGCCGUGGAUGGACCGAAUCGUCCAAGCCUUCGACUCAACCGGCUGUGCCGUUCAUCAGCUUUCGGGAAGCGGUUCGGCCUACUUCGGCUUGGUUCCGUCGGUUGCGGCAUCGCGCAGGGUGGCGGCGAGGCUGCGGGCCCUCCGUCUUGGGCAAUUGUACGCAACGGUCCGAAUCAAGUUGAUGGACGAACCGGGUGAGCGCCUCCGCGCGUUCUGCUCGAUCACCUUCGAUGACUGCUUCGUCGUCCGUGACCUGAAGAUCAUCGAAGGCGCGAGCGGCCUGUUCGUCGCCAUGCCCAGCCGGAAGCUCACGGCCCACUGCGGCAAGUGCGGGAUGAAGAAUCACCUGCGCGCCAACUUCUGCAACCAGUGCGGGGCCAAGCUGGCCGAGGGGAGGAUCAUCAAGGACGCCGACGGCCGCACCAAGCUCUACGCCGACAUCGCCCACCCGAUCAACUCGUCGUGCCGCGAGAUGAUCCAGAACCGGGUGGUGUCCGAGUACCACGACGAGUGCGAGCUCGCCAAGUCUCCGGACUACGUCUCGCGCUACGACGACUUCGACGCGGGCGACUACAUCGCCGGCGAAGGCGAGACGCACUCCAACCGGCGUGUCGACACGGCCCACGCCUCCACCGCGGCGAACCGUCCGCACCACCCGCCACAGGGCGAUCGCGCCACGACCGGCGUGUCGCAAAGCCCUCACACCCCCCCGGCGAACUCUUCGGCCGGUGGCAACCACACGGGCGCCUCCGAGAACGAGAGCGCGCGAGGGUCGAACGAGAGCGCCGGCUUCGGCGACGGGAUCUUCUAG